CUUAAUAGUAUUUGUUUACUUCAUUUCAGGACAAAUAAAAAAGUGUUACACUUCACAACCCAAACUCAAAACAAAGCUUGGCUUUUAUAAUAUAUCAACAUCAAAUCCUUCCUUUUUGAAAGAUAACCAACAUGGUAUGCUUUGGUAUUUCUAGUACAUGUUCUUUUGAGGUAUCUUUGGUUAAGUAUGAAGGUCUUAGAUUGACUCAAAGAAUGCAAAUGUAUUCAGUUGCAUGCAUGCCAAAAAGAUUCAUUUUAGCUUCUGGCAAGAAACGCCAAACAAUCAAAGCAAUGGCUUCUCCAACUACAGCAGCACCUAAAAGAGAGAAAGAUCCAAAAAAGAGAGUAGUUAUAACAGGAAUGGGUCUUGUAUCAGUCUUUGGAAGUGACAUAGAUACAUUUUACAACAAACUUUUAGAGGGAGAAAGUGGGAUAAGCCUAAUAGAUAGGUUUGAUGCUUCAAGCUUACCUGUCCGUUUUGGCGGUCAGAUACGCGAUUUCUCUACAAAAGGUUACAUCAAUGAAGAGAAUGACCGGCACCUCGAUGAUUGCUUGAAGUAUUGUUUAGUUUCAGGCAAGAGAGCACUUGAAGAUGCUAAUCUUGGAUAUGAAGUCCUUAAAAAUAUGGACAAAACAAGAAUAGGAGUUAUAGUGGGAACAGGACUGGGAGGUGUAGCCACUUUUAGCAAUGCUGUUCAUGCUCUCAUACAAAAGGGACCUAGUGAAAUUUCUCCAUUUUUCAUUCCCCAUUCCAUCCCCAACAUGAGUUCUGCUUUGUUGGCUAUAGAAACUGGCCUAACAGGACCAAAUUAUUCCAUUUCUACUGCUUGUGCAACAGCAAAUUACUGCUUUUGUGCUGCUUCUCAUCACAUUAGAAGUGGUGAAGUAGAUAUUAUGGUGGUUGGUGGUACCGAAGCUUCAAUUAUACCUUCUGGUGUUGGAGGAUUCAUUGCUUGCAGGGCUUUGUCUCAGAGGAAUGAAGAACCUAUGAAGGCUUCAAGACCAUGGGACAAAAAUCGUGAUGGUUUUGUUAUCGGUGAAGGCUCUGGUGUCCUGAUAAUGGAGAGCUUGGAGAGUGCAACAAAGAGGGGAGCAAGAAUACUUGCUGAAUACUUGGGUGGUGCCAUAACAUGUGAUGCUCAUCAUAUGACUGAUCCAAGGUCUGAUGGAUUUGGAGUUUCAUCUUGCAUAAAAAAGAGUUUAGAAGAUGCCGGGGUUUCCGUUGAAGAGGUGAACUAUGUGAAUGCUCAUGCCACAUCAACACUAGCUGGUGACUUGGCUGAGGUUAAUGCAAUCAAAAAGGUUUUUAAGAACACAUCAGAAUUGAAAAUGAAUGGGACAAAGUCAAUGAUUGGCCACUGUCUUGGUGCUGCUGGUGGUUUGGAAGCUAUAGCAACUAUCAAAGCAAUAACAACUGGCUGGUUGCAUCCAACUAUUAACCAAGAUAACUUGGAGGAUGAUGUUACAAUUGAUACUGUUCCUAAUGUUAAGAAAAAGCAUGAAGUUAAUGUUGCUAUCUCCAAUUCAUUUGGGUUUGGUGGACACAAUUCAGUAGUUGUCUUUGCCCCUUACAUGCCCUAAAGUGGAAUUCAAGCUCAAGUUGAUAUUACGUUUGCAUUUUUUCACAUUAUUUAGUUCAUCUGGAUUAUAUAAGCAAUUAGAAACGUGUUAUUUUUUAAGUAAUAGUUCAUUUGAGACACUAGUUCCUUUUUAAUUUCUUUACUUUUUCCUUUUUUAAAUUGUGUUCAUUUUAAAUCGUCAUCAAGGAGAUGAUAUACUUAAGGACUAAACAAUUAUGAUAGAGAGAAGUUUGAAGACAAGUUAGGAAAAAUAAAUUUUCAUAAAUUAUAAAAGAAAAUAGUGAGACAUAUUAAAUUUACGGACAUUCUCUUAUGUUGUUUUGUCUAAUACACAAAUAAGGGCUCGUUUGGAUUCAGCUUAUUUUUUAGCUUAUGCAAAUAAAACAAGUUUUACAUAAAUUUAUAAGUUUUUACUAACAA